AGGAUUGUGGACUCUUGGGCUUUGUUUCUCAUUCUGCUUGUUACCGUUGCCGAAAACGACGGUACUGAGCGCACCGUCAAGCCGUCGCUUCGACGAGCGUCAUCAACUGACGCGCUGCACGUUCGCAGAGCAACCAUUAUUCAUCUCUUUUUUGUUUGUUUGUCUCAUGGCACACGCUGCUUCGGUGGACUUGAGGGGGCACAGUGCGGGCCUUCACGAUCCUGUUUCGCCUCGAGUUGAGCUCACCACCUACCCGCUGGACGACUCGAAAGACCUUAUCGAAGACAUCGACUGUCAGAGCGGCGUGCUGGCCCUGCUGCGCCGCAGCGGUCGCCUUGAACUGCGAGACAUGGAGGAAGAUCGUCUCUUACAACGAGCCCUGGUGCGCAACCCCCACAGAGUAUUCCUGCACCCCUCUGGUAGCCACGUGCUGACGACCGCCUCCGAUGGCGAGGUCUACGCGCACGACACCUACGACGCACGCACGUCGGCCUCCACGCAGCUGCAAGGCGCAAACAUGCUCGGUGCGUUCAUUCAAGGCACGCAGGAGGUUGUCGUAGGAGAGUGUGUUGCCUGGCUUCCUCACGACAGCCUCGGAAGUCUGCCAGAGGACGAAGUUGCCGGAGAAGCCGUGUCUACCCGCGCGACACCCGCGCCUGCGUCGGGCUCCUCUGUUGCGCGUGCGGUGGACUGGACCUGUUUAAUGGGCAUCAACAAAGGCAACGCCGUGUUUGCCGUGCGUGUACGGACGAGCACCAGCAGUCCAGCUCGACUCAGAAUCACGGCGACCGUCGCGUGGACGCUGCCGUCCCCUGUCGCACCCGCACUCCCCACCCGCACCGUGCUCUUUGAACGAGUCAACCCGUGCGGCUGCGUGCUGCUGCUCUCUACCACCACGCACCUGCACAUGGCGUCCAGCAGUGAGGUCGACACCCCCGCCGCCAUGUUUAAUGCCCUCGCGUCUGGAGCGGCAACGCUGCAGACGCGCACGGUGCCCCUCUACGCCGGGACCGCCUCCACCGCCGAGGCGAACGGUCAGGUGCGCGUGUACCGGCCGUCGCCGAGCGCGGCACUGCAGUCUUUCAUGUGGAACAGUGCGACAGGUGUGGUGCAUGGCGUUUUCAGCCGCCCCGUCGCCGGCGACAUGGACGACGAAAACGAGCGGCUCCUCUUCAGCGAUGGGUGCGGUCUGGGUCGGCCCAGCGGGAGCGACACGCACGAAGAGGGAGGCAGCACAUCCGCAAACGCCGCUGAACACACCAUCGACUUGGCACGCGUCGUGGAAGAAGGCCAGGCCGCUUCCGAUCUUCACCUUGACAAAGCCCUUCUGCCGCCUGCAACGGCCCCGCUUGCUGCGAUUCCCACCGCCUUCCACAUGUUGCUUGUGUACCCAACCCGCUGUGUCGUGCUGCAUCAACCCCCCGGAUUGCCGUGGCGCAGUCUGGCCGACAGAGUCGCGGACACCAGCAGCAGCAGCGACGCUCAUGCGCGGCCUACACCGACAGAGUUGAUUCAGCGCAUUCGCUUCGACCCUUUUCGCGCGGCGCCUCCGCCGUCGUCGGAGCUUUGCGGGGCGGUGCACGACGUCGACGCGCACAAGUUCCUCCUCUUUAGUCGCACCCACAUGUGGGAGGUGCAGAUCGAAGACGAGACGCACCAGCAGUGGCGCCUCUUCCUGGAAAGGGGCUGCAAUUCGAGGGAGUCGCUGGUGAUGCGCAAGCGCUUUCUCGAUGCGGCGUGUCGACUGGCGUUUUACUCGGGUGCCCAGCGCAACCUGUGCCAGUUCUACCGUGCGAAGUUCUUUCUCGACAGCGGGGCAACACGCCACGCCAUCGCACAGUUUGCGAAGUGUGACUGGUUCGAGGACGUCUACGCGCUCCUCACAACCUACCGCAACGUGAACGUGCGCACGGCGUUUGUCGAGGCCCGCUUUUGCUUUUUGCUCGACCACCUCGCGUCGCUCGACGAUUGGGCACCGCAGCUGACGACGCUGUUUAUUCUCCUCGUGAUCGCCAAGCUCGACCACGUCACACGCAGCGUUGCAGCGUCGACGGUGGUGGCCGCCGCCGCGGAAGAGGCGCUACACCAGUUCCUGAGCCGCACGGUGGAGCGCUGCGGCUCUUUUCUGGUAGAGAAGUCGGUGUACGAGGUGAUUAUCCGCCUCCUAGAAGAGCAGGGUCGCCGUGAGAGUGCGGUGCUCUUCGCCAAAGCCAUGCAGCAGACCCGCUACGUCGUGUCUUCCUACGUUGCGCAGCACAAGUACGACGAGGCGGUGAAGGUGCUGUCGACGUGCUACGGCUCCACCGCCAAGCUGCGACCCUGGUACGACUUUACCUCCACCCUCAUUCGGCACCGACCGGUGGCGUUGAUCACAGGGCUGCUGCGCGUCCUGUCGCGAGAGGCGCGCGCCGGUCGGGUGAUGCCGCUGCAGAUGGAGCGCCUUAUUCCCUCCUUUGUGCAGUACGACGUCUCCAUGAACGAGGUGCCCGGUAACCGUGAGCAUCAGGUGGUGGUGCUGCUGGAUCAGUGCAUUCACCGCUACGACUGCGCCGCCGCCGCGGUGCACAAUUACUUUGCCUGCCUGCUAGCCCAAACGAAGGACUGCGAUCGAUUGGACGACUUCAUCAGCACCUCCCUUUUCUUUGACGCUGGUUACGCACUGCGGGUGUGCCUGGAGCACGGCUGCACCGGCGCUGCGGUGGCGCUGUACAAGCACAUGCACCUCUACCGCGAUGCCGUGACGACGGCGCUGUACGCGCCGGAACACGUCCGCAGCACGGGCGAAGACGGUGGGCUGGGCGAGGAAGGCGAGGAGGACGUCGAGGAUGUUCAGACGAACGCGUGGCCGGGGCUUGUGGCGGCGGAGGACACGCUGCGCGGACUUACCGGGAAACUGCCGCAGGAAGACCUCAAGCAACUGUGGAUGCUCACAGCGGAGCACGCCCUUGCCAGCCACAACGUCGGCGCUGCCCUCGCCGUCGUGCAGGAGUCCGGCGGCGUGCUGCGCACCGAGGACGUUCUUCGCCGCGUCGCGGACGCCAGCGUCGUCGGCGACUUUCGCGAAGCCAUCUGCGAGUCGUUUGACGCCUACGCGCUCCAGAAGAAGCAGCUCAGCAGGACGCAGGACGAAGUCUAUCAAACAGCCGAGGCCGUCAAGAAGGAUCUGCGGCAGACGCGGCAGCAGUUCGGGUAUAUCACCGCAAGUCAGCGCUGCCCGCUGUGCCACCGCCCGCUCCUGCAAAGCACCACACCGUACUUUGUGUACCCAAACUGCGGACACGUCGUGCACGAGACGUGCGCGGUGGCGCGGCUGGAGGCGAUGGGCGGGCUGGAGGCGUUUUUGGCCGACGACGGCAUCGCGCCGCACGUGAUGGACGGCGUGCGCGACGUGCAUGAGCUUGCCCAGCAAGACUGCGUGAUGUGUGGCGAGGCGGUGGUGGUCGAGGUGGACAUGCCUCUCUGUGUCAAGGACGCUUCGUGGGCCGUGUAA